AUGGGACACCACAACGCUCGGGGCAACUUGGCUUCUGCCGAUAAGAUAAGCCCCACCAAAAUCAUCUUUCUCUCUAUCACUUCAGCUCUUCUGAUCUUCUUCUUCUUCAUCUUCCAAAGGCGCCUGCAAUGGAGGCCGCUCUCCUCUCCUCCUCCUCCUCCAAACCGCCCCCAACAUCGCCCUCCUGACCCGACCCGCGAACCCAUUUCUCCCCCGGCCCUCAGCACCCGACCCGCCCCCCGCCGCCCCCACCUCCCUUCCGUCCGGGCCGCCAUCUCCCGCUCCCGGAAGGAGGAGACCGUGGACGCCGUGAAGCAGCAGCUCGAGAACUGCCACCUCGUCGCUGGGAUCAAGUACAAGGGCUUCACCGUCAAGCAGUUCCAGGAGCUGCGGCGGGCCCUCCCGGAGACCACCAAGCUCCUCGUCGCCAAGAACACCCUCGUCCUCAAGGCCGUCGAGGGGACCCCGUGGGAGGCCCUCAAGCCGUGCAUGACGGGCAUGAACGCGUGGCUCUUCGUGCACAGCGAGGAGAUCCCGGCGGCGAUCAAGCCCUACAGGGACUUCAUGAAGGAGAAGAAGCUGGAGAGCAACGACUUCAGCGGCGCGGUCUUCGAGGGGCAGUUCUACGGGCCCGACGACUUCAAGGUGCUCGAGAGUAUGCCCACGAGGGCCGAGGUGUAUGCGAAACUGCUGGGUGCGUUGCAGAGCCCGGGGAUUGGAUUGGUGGGGACUCUGCAGGCGCCGGCCAGGGAGGUCGUCAUGGUCUUGCAGGCUUUUGUGAAGAAAUUGGAGGAAGAAAGUGGCGGGCAGUGAGAUAUUUGAGCGUUGAUCUUCAUGUCGAUGUAAGUGUAAAUUUAGAUUUGAUUGUUUACUUGCAUUGGUGUAAUCAAGGCCAAAAAAUGAAAAAAAAACAGUCAAGAAAGUGGAUGAAAGAAGAUUUGCGUUGUUUGAAGAAAAGCUAAGGUUACUCAGUGUGUUGUUCAAGUGCUGCUGAAUUCGGUAGAUGGGCGUUGAAUUUUUGUAGAAUGGGGUAGGGAUCAAUUAUGCAACGCUAGCCACUCUCAAGUAUUCAUGUUUGAUUUGCUCUGUUUUGUGCUGCUAUCCAUUCUUUUUAAGUAUAUGUAUUGCGAGUUCAUUACAAAAUUUGGGCUGAGAAUGAAGUACAUUCUGUUGGAUUAUCA